UUAUAGAUUUAGAAUUUUGUUUAUUUUUCAAGCUUUUUCCUUCUUAUUUUUCAGAAAAAAUAAAGAAAAUUUUUAAAAAUGCAUUCGCCAGCAAAUUCGCGCAAUUCAAGAAUGUCAAUGUCACCAUCGCCUCGACCUUCUCCACGUCCUUCUCCUCGUCCGUCUCCAAGACCUUCUCCAUCUCCACGUGGCAUUCGUCGUCAACCGCCUCGAGAUAAUUUCCAAAUGCUUGAAGAGUUGGCCAGUUCUUCGUCUUCUCUGAUUAAGGAAAAUAUUGAGAAUCCUGCAACUAAAGAUUAUUGGGUUAAACAGUGCUUGGAUCUUGUUGCCGCAAAAAAUGCUUCUGAUGUUAAAAUUGAGCGUUUAAAACAAAGGAAUGCUGAAUUGGAAUUAGAAAAUAGGCAAAUUCGUGAGUCCAAAGUGCGUAUGCAAGUGCGUGUUGAACAAGAAGAGGAAUAUAUUUCUAAUAUGCUUCUUAAACGCAUUCAAAAGCUCAAAACUGAUAAGGAACAACUUGCGCUCAAAUAUGAACAAGAAGAGGAGUUUCUCAUUAAUGAUUUGAUGCGUAAACUUACUCAAUUGGAAGGUGAACGUGAUGAAUUAGCUAGUCGUCUGAGCAAAGAUCAGAGUUGGAUGGUGGCAAAUUUGUUGCAAAAAAUUCGUAAACUUGAAGCUGAAAUUCAGAGUAAUCAUAAGUCUUUGGAGCAAUUGCGCCGCGAGAAGGUAGACUUGGAAAAUUCGUUAGAACAUGAACAGGAGGCAUUGUUUAAUACUUUAGGAAAAAGGAUGGACUCGCUUGAAGCAGAAAAGCGUCGAAUGCAAACACGUCUGGACGAACUUGAGGCUACUAGUAAUAACAACACUACGACAACAACGACGACGAAUACUUCUGCUGCCGCUUCUGCUGCUGCUACCACAUCAUCUAACGAAAAUCCUGUUGAAAAGGCAAAUUGAUU